AUGGCGUUGAUGUGGGGGUUGUUGCGACACUUUUGCGUAUAUACUGUACAUAGUAAGCUGGGUGCUGGUCGUCGCUGGCAGGGCUGCAUUCGCCGAGUAAGCAUUAUGCUGGCAGACCAACCAGACGCAGACGACAUGGGAACUUUUGUCCCGUCAGUACAGUACGUGUACGGACUACAUGGCUGUCUGUGGCUGUCUGUAUCCACAGGCCCACAGGCCCGCAGGCCCACAGUACAGCAAGUCAGCUCGGCUCGGCUAUCUUGUGGCGCCGGACCCUGA